AUGGCUCUUUACCAUAGAGAAAAUGAAAAAUCAGCUGAACGCAGCAGAAUUUCAGAUACUCCAGGACCAGCUGACUUUUAUAAUGCAUCACCCAACAAUAAUCCAUCAAAAUUUAUUGUCAAUGACUUUGAUUCAAUUCGAGCUAUUGAAAUGAGGGAAAUGCAAGAAGAGGAAAGGUAUAUACAAGGGCUUAAAAUGCAGAGAGAAAAAAUUGAACAGUUUAGAAGGGAAGUGUUAAAGAAAGAUCAAAGGAUUUUGGAGCUGGAAGAAGAAAUAAGAAAUUCAAGAGGGAAAAGAAGCGAAAUUGGAAACCUUGAGAAGCAAAUAUAUGAUCUAAGUGAACAAAUAAAAGAUAGAGAUAGAGAAAAUGAUGAACUGAGAGAAAGUAUGAGGAAACAAGUUGAGGAGUAUGAGAGAUCGUUGAGGGAAAUGCAGAUAAUUGUAAUGAAAGAAAGAGAUGAAAAAAAUAAAGAAAUCAAAGCCUUAAGAGAACAGUUUAAAGAAAAAAACGAAGAAACAACAUUUUUGCUUGCAGAAGUGGAGAAAUAUAAGAAAAUAAAUAAGCAGGCUGAAGAUAGACUUGAUGAAGAGAUUUCGAUGGCGAAAGAAAGAGAUAAGCACGCAAAUGAACAGUUGAGAACUUGGAAGAACUUUGAGAAAGUCUUGAAAGAUCAAAUAUCUGAGCUUUCACAAGAAAAAAAUAUUCUAGCAAGCAAUAUAAGAGAGCUUAAAGAAAAUAAUGAAAAGUUAUACUACAGUUCCCAAAAAGUUCAAGAUCUUGAAAACAAUCUGCAAAAGGAAAGGAAAAAAAACGAAGAGUUGAGAAGAAUCCAAGAAAUCAGUGAAAAAGAGAUAAAAGAUCUAAAAUCAUUCACCUCAAAUUAUAAGGAAAAUAUCUCUGAAGAAUUUCAGUCACUCAAUAGUGAACUCAAUAGGGCAAUUGAAUUGAUUUCUCGUCAGGAAAAUACUAUCAUGGAUCUUCGUAUGAAAUCAAAAGAAGAUGAAUCCUUAAUAUCAUCUUUACAAGCAUCUUUAUCAAAGCAAGAUGAAGAAAAAAAUCGUUUACAUAUAUUCUCUCUUAACAAAAAUUUCACUCAUAAUUUACAAAACCAAUUUACUAUUUCUAUAAAAAACAAUAUUUAAUAAAUUUGUAAAAUUGACUAUUUUUAAUCGAAAAUAUAAAAAUUCAAAAACUCCAACAAGAACUUGAAGAAAAUUCUAAAAAAAAUACUGAUUUUGACACUUUUAUGGUGCAAGUUAAAGGAGAAAAUUUCGAGCUGAAAAAGCAGUUAGAAGCUUUUAGAGAAAAAGAAAGGCAGGAAAAACUGGAGCGAAAACAAUUUGCAAAAAUGAAAAUGGAGCUUUUAAACCAACGAACUGCUGAAGUCAAUAAACUUACUGAAGCGAUUGAUUCUUUUACAAAUUACCCUAGUUACUAA